AUGGCCGACGUAAAACCCACAGCUGAAGAAAGACCGGAUUUGACUAUCCCUGUCAAAGAACCAAAUCCCGUUUUAAUCAUUGUCAUGGGACCUGCGUCAUGUGGGAAAUCAACAGUUGGAUCUGAUUUAGCGGAAUCCUUAUCACUUCCAUUUAUAGAUGGAGAUUCACUUCAUCCAGCAUCGAACAUAGCUAAAAUGUCAGCUGGCAUACCAUUAAAUGAUGAUGAUAGAUUACCUUGGCUGGCUUUGAUUCGAUCAACAGCAGAAAGGAAAUGUAAAGAAGAAUAUGAGAAAUGUCAAGGAUCUUUCAAGACUUUCGAACAAGGUGGUAUAGGUAGAGCAGGUGUGAUUAUAGCUUGUAGUGCAUUGAAGAAAUGGUAUAGAGACAUAUUGCGAGGAGAGGUCGAAGCGAAUCCUCCUCCAGUACAUGAUUUGCCUCCUUCCCAUACCGUUGCCAAUUCAGCUCAUAACGUUCAUCAUCCAGCAACUUCCGCCCUGCAAACCUACUUUGUAUACUGUAACGGUACACCCGAGCUACUAGCUCAAAGAAUAGCAAGUCGUAAAAACCAUUUCAUGGGUAAACAAAUGUUAGAUUCUCAAUUAGCUACUUUACAAGAUCCAACAGGUGAACGAGGUGUGUUAUCUGUUGACAUAUCGAAAACACCAGAGGAAGUUGGGAAACAAGCUACGAAUGGAAUAAGAAAGAUCUUAGGUCAUCCGUAA